AUGUACCAUGCUCAAGAUGGUCCGCUCCUUGAGGGGCCAUCUAGGCAGGUUGAAGAUGCCAACUAUGUUAACAACCCUCAAGGGGGUUACCAAAGACAAAAUUACCAAGGUGGCUAUCAGAGUCAAAAUCAAUGGAGACCGCAGCAAGGCCAAGGCCAAGGUGCUUACAACAAUUCUAGCAACUACAACAAUAAUUUUGGUGGUGGAAAUCACAGGAGCUAUAACAAUAGCAACAAUUUUGGAAACAAGAGUACAAAUCCUUAUAUACCACCUAAAGGUGAGUCUUCAGAGCAAGGUAGUUCGAAGGUUGAAGCAAUGCUUGAGCAGAUUUUGGCAAACCAAGCUAAGUCUGACAGAACUUUAUCUGGGCUGACAGAAACAGUGGGGUCCCAUACAGCAGCUAUUCAGAAGCUUGAGUCGUAG